GAUCCCAUUCUUUCGUUAACUGAUGGCUGAAACGCCGGCUUCUCCUCCUCUUCACCCUCCCGUUCUUCUGUCCGAUUCCGCCGCCAAAGACGCCAUGCUCACUUGGUUUCGUGGCGAGUUUGCGGCCGCCAACGCCAUCAUCGAUGCUCUCUGCGCUCACCUUAUGCAGGGCUCCGGCGGAUCCGCUCGAUACGAGUCUGUCAUGGCAGCCCUUCAUCGCCGGAGGCUCAACUGGAUCCCUGUCCUCCAGAUGCAGAAGUACCAUUCCAUCUCUCAAGUCACCCUCCAGCUACAACAAUUGGCAAAAGGCGGCUUUCAUGAUGAUGAUGAUUCUCCCUCCAGCGACAUCACUGAUGGAGGAUCCCGGGAAGAAGACCGCGUGGACGAAACCCUCUCAAUCUGUUGUAAGCACGAGGACGAAUGUGAAUCACGAGGAGCCUCACUCCUCAAGCACUCCAAGCGUUUCUCGGCCAAGGAACAUGCCAAUGUUGUCAAAGGCCUCAAACUCUACGAAGAUGUCUUCACUGGUACUCAACUCUCCAAGCUUCUGGAUUCUAUUAAUCAGCUCCGAGAGGCUGGCCGGAAUCACCAACUUUCAGGGGAGACCUUUGUUCUGUUCAACAAGAACACCAAGGGAACCAAAAGAGAGCUUCUUCAGCUUGGAGUUCCUAUUUUCGGCAACACCACGGAUGAACACUCAGUGGAACCUAUCCCAACCCUUGUCCAAAGUGUGAUCGACCAUCUUCUUCAAUGGCGUGUGAUUCCUGAAUACAAACGACCAAAUGGCUGUGUGAUCAACUUCUUCGAUGAGGACGAACACUCUCAACCAUUUCAGAAACCUCCUCACGUGGAUCAACCCAUAUCCACUCUUGUCUUGUCUGAAUCAACCAUGGUGUUUGGGCACAGACUCGGGGUCGAUAACGAUGGCAACUUCAGGGGCUCACUCACUCUCCCACUAAAGGAAGGGUCGUUGCUGGUGAUGAGGGGUAACAGCGCAGAUAUGGCCAGGCAUGUAAUGUGCCCCUCGCCCAACAAAAGAGUCGCAAUCACCUUCUUCAAACUCAAACCGGACUCCGGGAAGGUCCAGCCGCCCCCCACCCUAUGGCGACCAGGCACCCCAGCUCCUCCGGCUUGCGGAAUGGUCACAGCUCCGUUGGUGAUGCUAGCUCCGGCUACCAAGAGGCUAGACGCUGGCACUGGAGUUUUCUUGCCGUGGACACCGCCAGUUACAAGAAAACCAGCAAAGCAUCUCCCGCCACGAGUCCAGAGGCUGCGUCUCUUGUCAUCAGCAAAGCCAGUGGCAGAUCGUGAGGCAUCGUCGCCAGAGAUAGGAGUGAGCUGAGUUGGAAAGUGUCACACACGGAAGCUCUUUCUUUUUUCCUUUUGUUUAACAGAGCCUUUUGGUUUCCUUGUGUGUAUGCUUGAGUCGUUUAGUGGGUUUUUCUUGUUUCUUCUUAGUAACAUUUUGCUUUCCUUAUAUAUGGUCAAUUUAAUAGAUUGAAGAUUAGGGU